AUGAAUAAACCAAUAAUGAUAGAGAAUGAAAAAGAUUUUUAAUGUUAAAAUAAACAUGAUUAACCAAUCCUUCUGGUUGCCUUAGACCCAAAGUUAGACAAGAAAUAAAGAUUCUUGUGUAAUCAAUGUAUAGAAAAUAAAGAAUAGGAUGUCAAGACAAUUGAAUUUAAAAAAAUAAUUUAAUUAAUUGAAGAUAAAUAAGAGAGUAAGAUUAGUAACUAAGAAAAUCUUGCUUCAUAAACUAUUCAAAAACUUCAAACAUUCAUAACAAUCACUCAACAAUUAAUGUCUUAAUAUAUCAAAUUAUUUGAAUCUAUAAUCAGAAUAGCAUAAGAUUGGAACGAGCAUUUAUCGACUUAAAGGAAAUAAUGCUGUGAAUACAGUUUUUAUGAAGAAUUAGAUCGCUUCAUUAAGAAUAGUGAUGUUGACAAUAUAAAUCUAAUUGAUAAUAUCAAUAGGUCAUGGAUGACUAAAUUAUAUAAUAACUUAGAAAUAUAUAUUUAAGAUAAAGAUAAGCUAAACUUAAAUGAAUUAAAGUUCCAAUUCACUAAUAUCAUUUAGAAAAAAUAACCAUCAGAAAAUAAAAUCAAAUUAAAGUUAAUUGAUUAAUCUGUGAAGUAAAGCAAAAGAUGCAGAGCAAUAGCUUUUGAUGCUUCUGGGUCUAUAAUGGUAUCAACUGAAGAUAAUGAUAUAAAAAUAUGGAGUUUUAUAAAUGGAACUAUCAAAUUAAUAAACACUUUAUAAGGGCACAGUGAUUGGAUUAAUUGUUUAAUUUAUAGUUAGAAAAACAAUUCUUUUAUUUCUGGUUCUUAUGAUAAAACAAUUAGAUGUUGGAAAUAAGGGAACUAAAAUAAAUGGAUUAGUUCAUAACCUUAUAAAUAACAUCGUAACUUAAUAAUGUGUAUAAUAAUGAAUUCAAAUGAGAAUACACUCUUUUCUGGUGGUUUUGAUAAAGCAAUCAAAGUAUGGAGGGUUGAUUUUAAUCAAAAUGAAUUAACUUAUCUUUAUUCAUUGGAAAAACAUAAUAAUAAAGUUACUGCAUUAAGUUUAAAUUAAUCAGAAAAUUAAUUAGUAUCUUGUGCAGAAGAUAAGAAUUAAAUUAUUAUUUGGGAAAGAAAGUAAUAAGAUAAGUUUGAAUUCAAAUAUUAUGUUACAUAAUCUAUUUAAUAUGAAGGAUUAAAGGUUAAGUUUAUUAAAGAUAUUAGUUUAUUUGGAUUAAUGGUGGAAAAGAAAUAGAUAAACUCUAUGUAUUUGAAUUAAAAGAAGGAAAAUUUUAGGAGAAUUCAGAAAAGACAAUUUAACUAAUAACAAAUAAUUAGAAACCUGAUGAAUAUCGUUUUCCGAUCAUUUACAAUUAAGAGAGGAAUCAAAUAUUAGUGAGACAUAAAAAAUACAUUUAUUUAAUUAGAGAGAUGAAUGAUGGGAAGUUUAAAAUAUUUGAUUAAGUGAAUUUUGAAACAAUUCAAAUAUUUGGAACAGCCACAAAUAAUGGAAAAUAUCUGUUUUCUUGGGAUGAUAAGAAUUUAGGAUAUUCAAUAUAUGAAUUAUGA